AUGUCAAAUUACGUGGAGUACUUUCUGGUGAGCAUUUCUCGGAGGAAGCCCCUGGAGCCUGAGGGGGAGCAGUCCACAUUUAAUCGAUGCCUGACUACUCUGGACCUGGUGGCCCUUGGUGUGGGGAGCACUCUGGGGGCCGGGGUCUACGUCCUGUCUGGAGAGGUGGCAAGAGACACAGCUGGACCCAGCAUCAUCAUUUCUUUCUUCAUAGCUGCCCUGGCGUCCAUAUUCGCCGGAUUGUGCUAUGCAGAGUUUGGGUCCCGGGUUCCUAAAACCGGCUCGGCUUACCUGUACAGCUAUGUGACUGUGGGAGAGCUGCUGGCUUUCGUUACCGGGUGGAAUCUGCUACUCUCAUAUGUUAUUGGUAAGUUACAUUUAUAUACAGGAUUUGUUUUGUAUGCAAUUACCAUUUUUUACAGAGGAUAACAAUUCUCCUUUAAUAAUUUAGUCAAAAAAAUAACCCUGAAAUUGUGCUCCUUUAUGAGUGCAUGAAAAUGUACCCACUAACUCUUAUGUAACAUGUUUCCUCACCCAAAACACUAAAACCCAUAAAUGAUCUACUAUCUACAUGAGCUUUUAGUGACCUUUAGCUGCUCCUGAGGCAGAUUCUUAAUGACUCAUUUAACAGUGGGAAGAUUAAGCUUGAGAGAUUAGUGGGAGGUUUUUGUCUCUAAAACUGCUUUUUUCUGCAUGUUGACAACCCAUAAAAUCCCAUAAACCAAGGGUGGGGGUUCGACUCGAUAGAAUCAUAAAGUAUGAUAGUCGCAGAGAUGGAAAUAAUGCCAGUAUUUUCUGUUUAUGGCUACAAUAAAGUGGUGACUCAGGCUGAUAAGGUUAUUGCAUCUAUCUCUAACUAUCUCCUCAGGGACAUCCAGUGUUGCCCUGGCAUGGAGCGGGACUUUUGAUGAACUCAUAGGGGGCGUCAUAUCCAAAUUCUUUGCGGAAAAUGCGCCUAUGGACCUCACGGGCUUGGCCCCUUACCCAGAUGUCUUUGCUGCUGUUCUGGUCAUUCUCCUGUCAGGUAAAAUUAUGAAACAGGUGUUAUUUUGGUGGUGAGAGUGACACAUACAAAAACAUUAACAUCAAAACUGCUGCCUGUGAAGGUGUUCUGGCUUUUGGAGUGAAAGAGUCAACGACAAUCAACAAGAUCUUCACAGCAAUCAACAUCCUGGUGCUUCUGUUUGUCACCAUCUCUGGAUUUAUCAAGGGGGACAUUUCCAACUGGCAGAUCAGGUAAUGUUAUACAGUUAAAAAACACUAUCUGUGUGCAGAGGCUGAAAGUCAAGUGAAAUGUGUGCUUGAUGUUUAUAGGUAGUCUCAAAAGUACUGCUCUCUCUCCUCCUAACAGUAACUCAAACGCCACUUUAAAUUACACGGCUGCAAUUGGAGAUGGUGGAUUCUUUCCAUUCGGCUUUGAUGGAACAUUGGCUGGAGCUGCAACAUGUUUCUACGCAUUUGUUGGAUUUGACUGCAUUGCUACUACAGGUCAGAGGACCUAUUAUAGAGGAAUAUUAUCAAAACCAGAGUAAUGACAAUGGGUGAUACUUUAUCAAAAUUAAUGAAAUAUUUGAUACACAUAACAAAACAUGGAGGACGGCACUGCAGAUUGAUAACAGACUGAGCAGCUUGGAAGAUUUUUAAAUGACAUUUAAAAGUAGUGACAUUUGCCAUCAUGGUUGAUGUGGGAAGACAAUGCCACAGUUAUAAAACUUCACAGUGUGACAACAAGGACAAAAAAGCUGGAUGAGAAAAAAAAAACUUUAGUCUUUAUUGCCUUGUAAUUAAAGCAUUAACUCUGACAAUGCUAGCUGCAAGGAUUGCAUAUUUUUCUUUUCACCACUAAAAUGCAAAAUUCGGUCAGUUACUCAGUAAAUGGGUGAAAAGAAAAAUUACACAAAGAGGUUCAGUUUAGUUCCAUAAUGAUUUUUAGGUUAGGUAUAUGUAAGAAGUCUUUGUUUCAAAGGUUGAGAGUUGAAAUAAAAGUAUACAGUACACUUGUUUUUGCAUUUUUGUAUGUGUGGAUAUGUUGAACAUAGACAUACUGUGCAGUAUGUAUGUGAAUAGAUUACUCUAAAUGUUUGUAAGUGUAGAAAGAUGUCUUCACCUUGGGGGACAGAUUAUUUAAAGACUGACUGGCUUUGAUUGCCUCUUUUUUCAUAUGGACAUAAAACGUUUCUCUUGAUCAUACUGCCUUUUCUGAAUAGAAAUAAAAUAAGAUGAUAAAAGGGAAAUUUUGCCAUGUACCUCAAAGCUACCUUGGCUCUUACCUGCAUCUUUUAGCGCUCAACCAUCAGUGCAUUUGUCUUUGUUGUCACAGAGAUGGUCAUCAUAUGACGUCAGAAUGGCAUUGGUUUCCUGUUACAGAUGAUCUGUACCAUGAGAUGGGCUAAAGCUCCUGAAAUCUUUUAGUGAAUCUGGAAAAAAAAUCAACACCAUGGUUUUGCAAAUUUUAUUUACCAGAAUACUGAAGCAAAGAUAAUGUUUAAAUCUUCUCUCUCUUUGUCAUAGGUGAGGAGGUGAAGAACCCUCAGAAGUCUAUACCUAUCGGCAUUGUCGCCUCUCUUCUCAUCUGUUUCUUGGCGUACUUUGCUGUGUCUGCUGCUCUCACACUGAUGAUGCCUUACUAUUUGCUCGACGAAAAAAGCCCCCUGCCUGUGGCUUUUAACUACGUUGGCUGGGGUCCUGCCAGAUAUGUUGUGGCUGUGGGAUCACUGUGUGCCUUAUCUACCAGGUAUGAAACAACACUGAGGAUCAAUCCCAAUAAAACUUUUUGAUGAACUGAGUUUAUCUUUAGCUCUAACAAAAGUUUGAGAUUUGAGAAUUUGACAGAAGUGUAUGAUACUAUCCAUGAUCUACUCUGAAUGAAGAGUAAUAACAUCAUGAGAUCAAAAGUUAAUUCACCAAAAGUUUUCCUUAAGGCUUGAACUAUGUCUAGAUCGAGCAAAUUUCUUCUGUGUUGUAAAAAUAAGCCAAAGUGGAAGUGCGAAAAAGUGUCCACUUGGCAACCUUGGACCAUUUAAGAAAAUGCCUGUUUUUAUAGCAGAAAUAUUUGUUAAAGGAGCUUAAUUAUUCAUCAUUCAUCAGUUUUGAUCACAUUAAAUCAAGAGUUUUAGAUAAUUUAGGAUAGUCAGGGGUGCCGUGGAUGAGGCGAAGGCUUGGUGAGGUGGAGGACUUAGCUUCACCUCUUACUGCUUUAAAAAGAAGUUUGAUAUUUGAGCAGCAUUUUCAGUAUGAUGACCACCACAGAAGGGUUGGAUAAACCCACUUUAGAAAUCAAUGGUUGUCCAUGUCUCAUACUGCUUACAGUCGACUGUAAGUCUGUUCCCAUUUGUCCCAUCAGCCUUCUGGGUUCGAUGUUCCCAAUGCCCCGUGUGCUGUUCGCCAUGGCAAGAGAUGGUCUGCUUUUCAAACCCCUGUGCAAAGUCACCGCCAAAGGCAGUCCUGCCAUAGCUACCAUUUCAUCUGGAAUUGUUGCAGGUAGAGAAUCUCUGGAUUUUUUUUUUCCUGAUGUUUUUUGCACAUAUGGUGAGGUUUAUGGACUUGAAGUAAUUCUUUUAUCUUUGUUUUUCCUCUUCAGCUAUUAUGGCUCUGCUGUUUGACCUGGAGGCUUUAGUGGAAAUGAUGUCCAUCGGGACUCUGUUUGCUUACACACUUGUGGCCAUCUGCAUAUUGAUACUCAGGUACGUUUAUCUAAUCCUCUACCAGUGUUUUCACUGCAGUGUGGGGUAAAAUUCAACUUAUAUCACAUUAUUUUAUGCUUAAGGUAUCAAGAAUCUCCAUCAGGCUCAGAAAGCGAUUUAAAAGUCAUUGAAUCGAAGAAGUUCAACAUCCUGAAGCCUCCUUCCCUUCCAAAUUCAUCAACCUCAAAAACAGCAACUCUUCUGACUGUUUUCUCUGGUGUGUACAGAAAACAUCACUUAGACACUUGUUUCAUUUGAAGAACUUUUCCCCUAAUCACUGACAACUUACUUUGCCGUUGCUGCAGUUGCAUGUGCGGUUGGACUUUGUGUCACCCUGACCCAAGCCAUGACAGCUCUGUCCAAUUUGGAGCCAUGGAGUGUGGCGAUAGUCUGCAUCUUAGGCGUCUUCCUGCUGGUCAGUGCUCUCUUGAUCUGGAGACAACCACAAAAUCCCACCAAGGCAUCUUUCAUGGUGAGAAGAAUUCAACUGCUUUAGUGAUUUGACUCACAUUCGUGUUCAUGAGCUAAUAUCCAUGUUUUGUUCGUUUCUAGGUGCCGUUAGUCCCAGUCUUGCCUUUGGUGAGCACACUCAUCAACGUAUACUUGAUGGUCCAGUUAGGUCCAGAUACGUGGAUAAGAUACUCCAUCUGGAUGGCAGUGGGUAAGACCGUUUAUCUGCUCAAAAGAUAUAGAAGGCUUGCAUGAAGUAAGUGGCUAUUCAGUAACGAUCUCCAUCUUUUUCUGCAGGGUUACUCAUCUAUUUCUGCUACGGGCUUUGGUUCAGUGUCCAAAGAAAGCGUCUCUGGACUGACAAUAUGAACAUACAGAUUGAAACUAUAAGUGAAAGUACAGACAAGAAGGUCAUUCAUGAGGAAAGAUUCUGA